AUGGCUGAGGCAACCACUGACGGUGAUACGUACGACUGUGAAGGGCGAUUGGUCUGUCCGUCGUAUGUUGAGAACCACAUUCAUCUCGACUUUGCCAACACAGCCGAUGUACCGCGACCCAAUGUAUCUGGUACCUUAUUUGAGGCUAUUGAUAUCUGGGCGGAUCGAAAAGCAGCGGGCCUGAACAAUAGCGACGACAUUUAUAAAAAUGCGUUGCAGGCUGCUCGGUCGGCUGCCUCCUAUGGUGUGGGCUUUAUUCGGACGCAUGUCGACAUCACAGAUCCUGAUUUGAUUGCAUUGAAGGCCGUGCUACAGCUAAAAAACGAUGUGAAAGACUGGAUCGAAAUACAGAUUGUGGCAUUCCCGCAAAAUGGGAUUAUUGCCUUCCCGCAAGGCAAAGUGCUUAUGGAAGAGGCUAUGAAGUUGGGAGCUGACGUCGUUGGUGGAAUUCCUCAUCUUGAGCCAACACGUGAAGACGGGGUCGAAUCUGUGCGCUUCCUCUUCGAGCUCGCUGAAAAGUACAAUGCGCUGGUGGAUGUACACUGUGACGAAAUUGACGAUGAGCACUCGCGCUUCAUUGAAGUGAUGGCAGCAGAGACAUCCAAGCGGCACAUGCAAGGCAGAGUCACGGCAAGUCAUGUAGUGGCAAUGUCGUACUACAAUCCUGGGUACAUGGCACGUCUGCUACCGAAACUUCGAGCUGCGGGCAUUGGCUUUGCUAUUUGUCCCAACGAAAACUUGCAGCUUCAGGGCCGUGGGCAAAGUGCGCCUAUCCCUCGUGGUGUUGCACCUGUGAAGACACUCACAGAAUGGGGCUUCUCUGUGGCCUUUUGCCAGGACUCGAUUGAGGAUCCUUGGUACCCUAUGGGCUCCGGCAAUCCACUUCGUAAUUUGGAUGCAGGUCUGCAUGUGGGACAUAUGCUCACAUCGGAGUACAUUCAUCGAUGUUUGGACUUUAUUACGGUGAACCCAGCUCGGAAUAUGGGCCUCGAAUCUCGCUACGGAGUGAAACAGGGCUAUCCAGCUACCCUUCUCGUGCUGGAUGCACGAAGCGAGAAAGAAGUGCUAAAGGUACAUGCCCCUGUCUUGCUGAGUAUGCACAAUGGGCGGACUGUCUUCACACGCGAGCCCGCUGUAACGACCUGGGCCAUGUAA